GCACGGUAAAUCAUGACGACUUGCUUUAUACCUUACUGGUAGCUCCGUAAGUGGCGGAAACACAGAAAGGAAAAUGCAGACCGCCCGCGGAUCAUUUCACAACCUAGCAGCUCUAGUGGAGGGCGGGCUAGGCAUGGAAGCACAUCCUAGCCCUUUUUCCGGGCUAGGGCAGGGGCGGCUUGGCAUGACUCGCCUCAGCAUGGAGAGCCACGAGGGGAGAACCACCAGGCUUAUUAUUGUAUCCAACCACCUGCCUCUGAGGGUCAAGCGCGGUGCAAGCGGAUGGGAGUUUGAGUGGGAUGAGGAUGCUCUUGUAGGGCAAGCGAAGGAGGGCAUACCGACGGACCUUGAAGUAAUGUACGUCGGCUCGCUGCCUGUGGACGUGGCGGUGGAGGAGCAGGACGCGGUCGCCGCCGAAGUUAAGCGGCUAUACAACUGUUGCCCCGUGUUCAUGGAGAAGGACGUCAAGGAAAAGUUUUACAAGGGGUGCUGCAAGCAGCAGAUGUGGCCGCUGUUCCACUACGUGCUCCCCAUGUCGCCGGAAAGCUCGGGGAGAUUUGACCAGGAGAUGUGGCAGGCGUACGUCAAAGCGAAUAAGGUGUUUUGCGAGAAGGUGGUUGAGGAGUCUGCCACCGACACGGACUACGUGUGGAUCCACGACUACCACCUGCUGGUGCUGCCCAGCCUGCUGCGGAAGCGCUUCAACCGGAUACGCUGCGGGCUGUUCCUGCACUCGCCCUUCCCCUCCUCGGAGAUCUUCCGCACGUUUCCCAAGCGGGAGGAGCUGCUGCGGUCGCUGCUGAACGCUGACCUCAUCGGCUUCCACACGUUCGACUACGCGCGCCACUUCCUGUCGUGCUGCUCGCGCAUGCUGGGUCUGGAGCACGAGACGUCCCGCGGCUCCAUCACCAUCGACUACUACGGCCGCACGGUGGGCAUCAAGAUCAUGCCCACCGGUGUGAACCCCCGUCGCUACCUGGACGGCUUCUCGUGGGACGAGUUCAAGUGGCGGCGCGGCGAGCUGCUGGCCCAGUUUGCGGGCCUGACGGUGCUGGUGGGCUGCGACGACCUGGACGUGUUCAAGGGGGUGGAGCUGAAGCUGCAGGCGCUGGAGCGGCUGCUGGAGAACCACAUCGAAUGGCGGGGCAGGCUCGUACUGGUGCAGAUUACCAACCCGCCUCGCUCCACGGGUCGUGACGUCACGGAGCUGCACCGCUACGUGAACACGCUGGUGGACUCGAUCAACCGAAAGUACGGCAUGGGCACCUACCAGCCGGUGCACUACCUGGAGCGCCACGUGCCGCUGCACGAGCGCAUGGCCUUCUACUCCAUCGCGGACUGUGCGGUGGUGACGGCCACACGCGACGGCAUGAACCUGGUGCCGUACGAGUACGUGGUGUGCCGGCAGGGGCCGGACAGCUGGGAUGGCGGCAGCGUGAAUGGAGCGAGCGGCAAGCGGGAGAGCAUGCUGGUGGUUUCGGAGUUCGUGGGCUGCUCCCCCUCCCUGAGCGGCGCCAUCCGCGUGAACCCCUGGUCUGUGGAGUCGACCGCGGACGGCAUCUACGCCGCCAUCAAGCUGCCUCACGAGCACCGGCAGCUGCGGCACGAGAAGCACUGGCGCUACGUCAGCCAGCACACGGUGGCGUACUGGGCCACCAGCUUCGUGGCGGACCUGCAGCGUGUGACGAAGAACCACGUGGCCAUGAAGUGCUACGGCCUGGGUCUGGGCCUCGACACGUUCCGCAUGGUGGCGCUGGACGCCAACUUCCGCCGCCUGGAGGAGCGGGUGGUGGCGUCCACGUAUGCCAGCUCCCGCUUCCGCGCGUUCUUCCUGGACUACGACGGCACGCUGACGGGCGGCUCCACCUCGUCGCUCACCCUGGCGCCCUCGGAGCAGCUGCUGGCGGUGCUGCGGGCGCUGGCGGCGGACAAGCGCAACCGCACCUUCCUAUUCAGCAGCACGCCCAAGGCCGACCUCGCCUCCUGGUUCGCCUCCAUUCCCGACCUGGGUUUGGUUGCCGAGAACGGCUUCUUCUACCGCCCCAUCGGCAGCAGCUCCUGGGAGACGCUGGUGCCGCACGCGGACUUCAGCUGGAAGAAGAUGGCGGCGCCCAUCCUGCAGCAGUACGUCGAGUCCACGGACGGCUCCAGCGUGGAGACCAAGGAGAGCGCGCUGGUGUGGAACUACCGGGACGCGGACCCGGAUUUUGGAGCCUGGCAGGCCAAGGAGCUGCUGGACCACCUGGAGGGGGUGCUCUCCAACAAGCCGGUGGAGAUCGUGGGCGGCCAGGGCUACGUGGAGAUCAAGCCGCAGGGGGUGUCCAAGGGCCGGGCGCUGGAGCGGCUGCUGGCUGCCUCCUGCGCCGACGCGCCCGUGUGCGUGCCCUCACCCUCGUCCAGCCCCGCGCAUGGCGGCCUGGCGCAGAGCGUGGGGUCGGCUGCGGACAGCGGUCUGGGCGGUCCGGACUUCAUGCUGUGCAUUGGUGACGACCGCAGCGAUGAGGACAUGUACACGUCCAUUGAGAACAUGAAGACCUCGCCCACCAUGACUGCGGAGGUGUUUGCCUGCACGGUGGGUCAGAAGCCCUCUCGCGCGCCCUUCUACCUGAACGACCCCGGGGAGGUGCUGCAGCUGCUGGCGCGCCUCGUGGACGUGCCCCUGCCGCACUGACACCGCACGCUGAUGGAGGCCGCGGGCGACCAACACGGAGUAAAGAGAAGACGGACGUAGUAUUGAUGAGGAGAAGCAGUGGCGGAAAAGUGACGAGAAGGCCUCGUGACAAGAUGACGCGAGGGCUGGUGAGGAGGAAAGCUCGUGGGUUGGAAGAGUUUGGCCGAGCGCUUGUUUGUCCCGUGUGGGCUGCCUUUGUGUCGGGCUGGGUGGGCCGACAUGUGUGGUGAGAGGUAUGAGACAACCUGGGGCGGGGAUGACAGGGUGUGCGAAACGUGGUCGGUAGGCUGGGUUUUGAAGUGACAUGUGGUGGCGGUGUUUUGGAUUGGAAGGUGCUUCGGCAAAUGUGUCGUUGCAAUAAGGGUGGCAUGAGGGGGCGUUGCUGCAAUUGAAGGCACGGAUGUGUGCCCUUGACCCCACGUAAGGGGUAUAGCCAGCUGCCCGCCUGCCUGUUGCGUAGCUGCUGAUGCUGUCGGAGGGGGCUGAUAACUCAAAAAGGCGUGCAGAGUACGGCAAACUACGGCAAAAACCCAGCUUAUUGGUGCAGGGCUUUGAACUUUUGGCCCAAGACCGGCGAAUGUGCAUUUCACGACGGAGCGUAGCUUUGUGGAGUGGGUAGGCCUCUUGAUGCGCAAAGACGGUCGGACGGAGCUGCUGGUUGCAGAGGAUUGCAACGUUGGAAAGCCAGGCGGGAAUGGCUCGCGGAAGGAAGGAAGGAAGCGGAGAAAAAGACUCGGAGGCUCUAGUAGCGUGUGCGUCUAGUGAUAGCAGCUCGUCAGUUAUAUACACAGCGGAUAUAUGCCUGUUCGUGUGUGCCCUCUCGGACUCGUGCUUACUGCUGAAGUCUGGGCGUGAGACUUUGGGUGUGGUACCCAAUCGAGAAAUGGCGGAAUCCAUUCGACCCUAAUCCAACUGACCCCGCGUCUUCGGAAAUUACUGACAGUUUUUGGUGUCCUGCAUGCUGUUGGUAGCUUACCCUACCCGCCUAGCCUUGUAAUUGAUGUCCCCAGCGGCACUUUCACCCGGGCUUGUCCGCGCUCACCCCGGCUGCAACGAUUACUGG